AGCUUUCACUUAUAGAAACUGUCUAUAUAGGAGUAUUACAUAUAAGCAUACGCUAUAAACUCAACACGUUCUGAAACAUAUGUCAUAUUUCGAAGCGCUGUUAAUUUGUGCUAGGUAGCGGUAGUGAAAUUUGUUAAAUCUAAUGUGUUAUGUGACCAAACGUCAAGUUGUAACCUUUCUUAAGAAAAAAAUUAUGCUUGCGAUGAACGAAAGUUUUAUGUUACAGCAACAAAUUGAACUUGUUCAGUACUAGUUCGAGACGAGCGAAAAUUGUUUUGAAUAAUCAUAUAUUUCCGCGCAUGUCAAUACAUAUUUUAGAUUGUGUAUCAUGCUUUAUCAGGUUAUAAAACAUUUUUAAGGUGAAACACUAAGAUUAUAUACUCGGGUGAAACAUUUUUUCUGAUUAGAGGUACGUGAUAAAAGAUUUUUCAGCGUAGAUUUUAAACGUCUUAAAAAUAUGAAUACGAACUCUAGCAAAGAUUCUUUUACUUGUAUUUCUUGUCGAGUUGCAUUUAAAGAUGCCGAGCUACAAAGGUUACAUUAUAAAACAGAUUGGCAUAGAUAUAAUUUAAAAAGAAAAGUAGCUGAACUGCCUCCUGUUACUUCAGAAGAUUUCCAAAUAAGAGUGCAAAAUCAAAGGAAUAUUAACGAAAUAGCUAACCAAGAUAAAAGUGUUUACUGUACAGUAUGUCGAAAGUCUUUUGGUGGUCAAAAUGCAUAUGAUAACCAUUUGAACUCCAAGAAACAUAAAGAAAAUGAGAAAAAUAAAACAGAAGAAUUUUUGGAUGUAUCUACUGAUAAACAAAAUAAAACAUCAAAUAUUGUAAAUGUUGGUUCAGAUUCUGAAGUAGAAGAAGUAGAUUCAGAUGAAUGGAAUGAUGCAGUUGAAAAUCCUAUAGAUAGAAAUGAUUGUUUGUUCUGCUCCAAUCAUAGCAGUAAUUUUUAUAAGAACUUGGAACAUAUGACUCUUGCACAUUCAUUCUUUAUACCCGAUAUAGAAUAUUGUGUUGAUGUACAAGGUUUAUUAAGGUACUUGGGUGAUAAAAUUACUGAAGGAUUUAUGUGCUUGUGGUGUAAUGAAAAAGGUAAAACUUUUCACUGCGCAGAAGCAGCUCAGCAGCAUAUGUUGGAUAAAGGUCAUUGUAAAAUGAUUCAUGAAGGCAUAGCACUCGCUGAAUAUGCAGAUUAUUAUGAUUAUUCUUCCUCGUAUCCAGACACAGAAAAAGAGAAUGUUGAUGAAGAAGUUGAAGUACCAGAAUUAGAUGGUUCAGAUUAUCAGCUAGUGCUACCAUCUGGAAUAACUGUCGGCCAUCGAAGUCUUAUGAAGUAUUAUAAACAAAGUCUCAAUCCUAAUAGAGCUCUUGCUGUGGUCCCAUCUAGAAAUAAUAAAAAACUACAUAAAGUUUUAGCACAAUAUAGAUCAUUAGGUUGGACCGAAACUCAACAAGCAGCAGCUGCCAAGAAAGCUAGAGAUAUCCACUUCUUGAAAAGAAUCCAGUCUAAAUAUAACAUGAAAAUGGGAACUAAAAAUAAUUCAUUGCUUCAACAUCAUUUUAGAAGACAAGUGCAGUUUUAGGCUAACCAUAAAAAUACUAUAAACUUGUCAGUUUAAUAUUAAAUAUUAUAUAAAAAUAAUGUUCCUAA